AAAAAGACGGUUUAUUACCAAUAAUCUUACAAUCUUUAUUAAAGAAAAGAAAAGAAGUAAAGAAAAAGAUGACAGAGGAAAAAGAUCCAUUACAAAAAUCACUUAUGAAUGCCAGACAAAACGCAUUUAAAAUAGCAGCGAACUCUCUUUACGGUUUUACCGGUUCAUCAAUCAGUAAAUUGCCAUGUUUAGACAUAGGACAAACAAUCACAGGUUAUGGUAGAGAAAUGAUAGUUCUCACAAAAAACUAUAUAGAAUCUAAUUUCAAUCCUGAAAAGGGGCACAAUUUUACAGCAAAGGUGAUUUACGGUGACACAGAUUCUGUCAUGAUAAAAUUUUUAGGAGAAAAUAUCAACUCUGAUUUUGUUUUUGAUAUAGCAGGUGAAAUGGCAAAAGGAGCAUCCAGUAUCUUUUUAGAUCCUAUAAAAUUAGAAUUUGAAAAGAUCUAUUAUCCUUAUCUGUUAAUGAACAAAAAAAGAUAUGCAGGUGUUAUAGAAACAAGAGAAUUCGUGCCUGCACCAGUUCAAGAAAAAGAAUUGAAAGAUUCAAACAAUAAUGAUGCAAAACGUGCCAAAAAUAUGAUCACCGUGACGAAAAGACGAAUCGACACGAAGGGAAUGGAAACUGUUCGAAGAGACAAUUGCCAAUUGGUAAAACAUUUAAUAGAAGAAUCAUUAGACCUUCUUUUAAUGAAACGAGAUCCUGAAAAGGCAAAGAAGUUGGUGAAAGACACCAUUCGCGAUCUUUAUUUAGAUAAAAUAGAUAUGAGCAUGUUGGUAAUUUCCAAGACGAUUUCAAAAAAAUCUUAUUCAGCGAAACAGGCACAUGUAGAAUUAGCAGAGAAAAUGCAAAAAAGAGAUAAUAUUGUAGCAGAGAUAGGUGAUCGUAUAGCAUUUGUAAUAAUUGAUAAAGGACCGAAAGUGAAUGCAUAUGAAAAAUCAGAAGAUCCAUCAUAUGCCUUACAACACAAUCUAGCACUGGAUAUAAAAUAUUAUAUCGAGCAACAGAUAAGCAAUCCAGUUCAAAGAUUAUUUGAACCAUUGAUGGAUAAUGUAAAUGAACUAUUUCAAGGUGAACAUACCAAAACAAGAGUCAAAUCAGGACAGAUGGCCGGGCCAAUGGCCAAAUUUGUACAGAAAUCCGAGACAUGCAUAUCUUGUAAAACAAGAGGCUCAAUUUUAUGUAAGGCAUGCGAGCCCAAUUUUUCGUUUAGAAGAUUUAAGAAAAACAGAAGAGAUUUUCAAUAAAUGUUGGUUAGAAUGUCAGAGAUGUAUACAAUCUGUAUGUAGUGAGGUGAUAUGUGCUAAUAAAGAUUGUCCAAUAUUUUUUAAAAGAGCUAAGGCAAGAAAAACAUUAGAUGAAAUAACAAAC